AUUUUUUCCGUUCCUCUUAAAGCACAAUAAACCCAAACUCCGGCGAACUCCGGUAUGGCGAACAACGCACCGGAGAUAAAUGCUGCCGAUGAUUUUCUCGAGCAAAUUCUGGCGAUUCCCUCUUAUGCUACGAUUCCCUCUUAUGCUAGCCUAUCGGUAACUGAUAUAAGCGCCAGUGCCUCAUCGGAGAAUUCAGCAUCUGGUAUCUCUCAGCUCCAGCAGCAGCGGCUGUUCCCUUUGGGGUUAAGCUUGGACAAUGGCUUUGCUGAUGCCAACAACAUUGGAGGUUUUCAAGUGAAGACUGAAAGAGAAGCUAUGCACAUGGGGAAUUUAUAUUCAGCUCUAGAGCAUUUGCAAUCUCAUGCUGUUUGCCUAAGUGUUCCUCAAGUUCACCAAGUCCAGCCUUUUCAAGGCCACCCAACAUCAAGCACAACAGUAACAAUACCACACCAACCUGCAAUUCAUCCUAGGCUUCGGGCACGAAGAGGACAGGCCACUGAUCCACAUAGUAUUGCUGAGCGGUUAAGGAGAGAAAGGAUAUCAGAACGAAUAAAGGCUUUGCAAGAACUUGUCCCCAGCUGUAAUAAGGUAAUCAAAAUNGCAAUGGUUGAUGAGAUUCUGGACCAUGUGAAGUUCUUAAGGCUUCAAGUUAAGGUACUGAGCAUGAGUAGGCUGGGAGGAACUAGCGCGGUAGCACAACUUGUUGCUGAUAUUCCAUUGCAGUCUGUUGAGGGAGACAGCUGUGAAAGUCGAUCCAACCAGCACGUCUGGGAGAAGUGGUCCGAUUCUGAAACAGAGCAAGAGGUAGCAAAGCUCAUGGGGGAAGAUGUUGGAACAGCCAUGCAGUACCUUCAAUCCAAAUCACUCUGCAUCAUGCCUGUUUCACUUGCUGCACUCAUCUAUCCUGCUCAGCAAACUGACGACCAAUCAAUGGUCAAGCCAGAACCAACGGCCCCAUCGUAGACUUCUAAGUUAUUGCAGUUCGGGGUGGGGUGAGUGAAGGUUCAAGAACUUACUCCCAAGGAACAUCUCCAACAAGCAUCAAAUCACCUUCUUUAUCUUCAUAAGCAGGUGCAAAUUCUGACCCUUUAUAGCCUUCCCUCUCUGAAUAUUCACC